AUGGCUAGCCAGGGCCUUUCAACUCCCCAGCCGUGUCCAUCAUCAAGGACCAAUUACCAUGAUGAGAAGGAGAAGUCUAGGCGUUCCACAAUGCUACCUUUCCUUAGUAGGAAGAAACUACCCUCUGCCUCAGUUUCCCCUUCAUCCAGGAUGAUUACUAACACUACUUCGGGAUUUGCGAAAGAGAAGCACCUCCCUUUGACUAAGGAUGGAUCCGACAGACAGCUCCCCUGCCCUGUCCCUUUGAUAAAGGUUUCACCACCGGGCUCGAAAUUCACUGACAAUUUCACUUCCUUUCCAUCUGACACAGUUUUGAAGGCGCUAUACUCUCAUUUGAAUACAUCUUCAGAUGUCCUUCCCACCCCCUUUUCUCUUUCACUCUCUCCAUCAGCAGCUCAUGAUGUUACCACUUCUCUGAAGUCUCAUGGCUCCACUGGCUUUCAGCAUCGGUCUGACAUGCUGAGACCCCUCAGUCAACCUUCUGCAGAAAAUUCUCUUCUCUACGACUUAGUCGAAGAAGGGGAAUUCGAUGAUCUGUUUUUUACCCCUGAACGUGACCUGGAUCAAAUGACGUCCAAUAAAAUGCAGUCUCCUCCUCCCCCUCCAUCUCCUCCUCCCCCUCCAUCUUCACCGCCCUCUGGUUCAGCUAGGUUCAUGGCACCAAAUUUGGCACCAAAAGCAGUACACCCUCAAGAUCAAAUUACGACUGCAGAUAUGUCACUCCUUGGAUCUGCUUGGUAUGAAGCUGGGGAGGCUGAGUCUAUGGCUAAAGCCAUCCAUAGGCUGGAGCAAGACGUUCAGAGAAUGGCAGCAGAGAUAGAGGUUUUGCAUAAGCUAAUCAAACGUAGUGAUCUCCAAGGCUAUUGA